CUAUUUAAAACUCUACUAAAACACUAAGAAUCAUGCAUUUUAUUGAGCUAGAGCUUAGUCAAGUCCUUAGUAUUGAUUUUAUGGUUUCUCAGCCCUCUUCUAGGACUUAUGAGCCGUCUUAAAGCAUGCAACUGCACCCGCAUCCUCUCAAUAUGCAUUCUUUCAGCAUGUACUCUCUUGUAAAGCUACUUUUUGGUAGGGUAACGUGAUCAAAAGUCACAUUUUUUUUAACUUAUCAGCACUUAUAAGUGACUGACAGUCGAUCAGUUGGAUGCCCUCAUUUUGAUCAGUCUAUCAGUUGAAGAAUUAGCUCGACUGAUAAAUGACUGACUGACUGGUUGGCCAGCCUGGUGGCUACUCCUCAGCUAUACCUGUUUACCCCACUGCUAAUCCGCAAUAGCUGCUCAAUGGUACUGGCGCACUUCAUUUGCAUGGGAGGCUGUGCUAUAGAUACGUCAAAAGGACGAGUGCUUAUUGCGAAGCGUGCUUUCGUGAUCCUGCUGAAGGAUGAUGAGCAUAGAGACGGGAUUGUGGCACAACUACCGUCUGAUGAAGACAUCAUCGAUCGCAGCAAGACAGACACUCUAACCAUAAUUCUUGCAUGUGCCCAGUCUCUUUGGCUUGUAGUACAAUGUAUUGCAAGGAAGUCUGUGGGCGACGAUAUUUCUGAAUUAGAGUUAAGUACUUGCGGAUUCGUCUUGUGUUCGCUAGUAGCGUAUGGUCUUUGGUGGGACAAGCCUCAAGAUGUCGAGCAUCGCACUGUUAUCCAGAUGCCAAAAACAGAAGCAGCAGAUGACGCUGUCUCUCGCGCUUUGUCUAAAGCGCUCUCCAUCAACAUUCAAGAAUAUGACAGUCACAGGUACAUUUGGAUGACAUUUCCCUGGACAACACUGCUGGCUCCAUCCAUCUUGUAUAUAUACUCGGCAUAAUGUUGGCAGCAGUACAUCUCGCUGCUUGGAAUUGGGAAUUCCCAACUCAUGCCGAGCUUAUCCUUUGGCGAGUGGCGAAUCUGUCAACGCUCGGUUCCUGCCUACUGCCUCUUCUGACAGCGACGUCUAAUCUUUCUGGAGGUAUCGAGGGCACGGUCGUCAAUAUGCUUCUUCCUGUUUAUGCGACAUUGCGAAUCAUUGUUAUCGUACAAAUAUUUCUUUGCUUUAGAUCGAUGCCUGAGGGUGUUUAUAAGGACGUGCUGUGGGCUCAACUUAUCCCACAUUUGUCUUGAUUAUAUAUAGGUGGGCAUUGCGGGAAGUUUCUCUUUAAAAAUAGCAUGGACUACUUAGUCUCAGACUCCGUGACAUCGAUAUCCCAGUACUUUUCAAAUCCGAGUUCUGUCUAGCUUCAUGUCAUU